CUGGGGGUCAAAAACAUCCCUCACGGUCCACUGCUGCGUCGAUCAACCCCACUCCCACAUCACCUUCCCCAAAUCGAAUCUCACCCCAAAUUACGAUUGCGAGCAAAACCCUAGCUAGCGUGCCGGCUGAAUCCACUGAAAAGAUGGCGGCGCCGGCCGCCAGCGACGCGGCGAGCUGCUGCAGUCUAUACAGAUGCAUCUGCUGCUGGCGUCGUGCCUGCUCACCCCGUAUCCCGCGUGUCGCCCCCGGCAGAGACUACUUCUGCAUGCCGGCUGGCGCCGAUGACCAACCUGCGUGGUCGCUGGUCGUCGGCUGCCGCUCCCUCUCCCUCUCCUUCUCCGACAGCGCCCUACGCUUGCACCGCUUCCGCGUAACGCGAUGCGGUCGAGUCCUCGGCGGGAGCAACGACGCCCUCGAGGUCUUGCAGGACGUCCGAGCUGAGGAUAAAAAGGCGCCGGCGGAGAAGUGGUGCCUCUGGACUGCUAGCGCCACGCAGUGCCCCGACGGCCACUCACUUUGCAUCUUCUGCGAGGAUUUCGAUCCAGUGAAUAUCCGAUACUCCGCGCCCCCACAAGUCCUGCGGCUGGAUGUCAACGCUGAAGACAAGCUGCGGAAAUUGUCCCCCAUGCCUCGUCCUCCUCUAGAGCCUCACUGGCGGUUCCUCCCCAUCUCAGCUGCUGGCCAGAUCUGGGCUGCAUACGUUGUUGAACACCAGGCUUAUGAAACAUUCAGCGUCGGGAUGCAGCUCCUGGACGAGGAUGGCCAGUGGGAGUUGGCCGGCGGCACCUUGACUAUUUCUUCCAAGGUGGUAGUGCCAGAGUGGUGGGGUGGUCGCUUUCUCCAGGGAUACGUUGUGCUAUCUGACAGGGCAAUCUUGCUGUCGUUCCGGCAAGCUGAAUUCUUCAUCUUCAGUUGCCAUAGCCUUGCCUGGACCCAGGUCAUCACCCAGCAUAUAAACACCUACAUCCCUAUCCGGGGCCAUGGUGUAUACAUCAAAGAAGAUAACACCGUUUACAUGCUUUAUAACAACGACAUAUAUGCGUACGAGCUCCGCAAACCAGGUCAGAAGGAGUUUCGGCGGCUCAGCUAUCAAGAUGGGCAGCUGCUUGAGCUGCAGCCGCCUGUCAAGGUUGAUUCUGUCUGUCCUUUCUCUGGUUAUGGCUUCCUCACGCAGCUUGACCGCCGGCUCUUGUGCUCUGUCUGGAUUGGUCGUGGUGGGGAUAACUGCUCAUGCAACUGCCCACACGUCCUCAUCAGCACCUUCCUAGUGAAUCCCAAAGGCAUCGAGAUCUUGCAUUCAACCUGCCGCCGGUUAGACAUGCUGCCAAACAAUUUUGAUUUGGCACACAGCUAUGAAUAUUGCUUUCUACAGGCGUGUGAGGAGGACUACAACCAAGGGAAACAGGCAAUGCUGCCUGUGGAAGAUCCAAUCAGGUCCCACAUUGUGGAAUCUUCCGAGACAAUGCUCGCUUGUUGCAGGAAAUUUUUAUUUGGAACGCAGUUUCCGGGAUGUGUUGUGCUUGAGGAACCUGCUAUCCGAAUCAACAAAGAUCUCUACAUCGUUUGCCAAGUUGGUUCUCAUUCAGUUGUCUAUAAGACUGAAAUUGUGAAUGGAAGGUUAAAACAAGGUUGUCAUGACAACCCUCUGGGACAGGCUUUCACUACUGAAACAUUUCCACGUACUGGUGGCACUACUGAGACAGUUAUACCUGCUGGUGAUGAUUGUCAUGUGUUGGACCGACUGUCAGAACAGCAUUCCCAUUGGCACGUUCUUUGUAGCAGCUCAUUCAUACAUGCUAUCUCAUGCACACAAGAUGACAUCCAUGUGUUUAAUCUGAGUUAUAAAGCUCAUGGGCACAGUACAAUUACAAGGCCAGCUACUGAUCCUUUCGUUAUGGUUGUUCAAGUUGGUCAUGAGACUAUUGCUCUUACUGCUAAUCUCCAAGUUUUCUGCCAUACUGCUUCCAAGUGGGCGCAAUACAAGAUAGAUGGGUCUCUUGUUCAUAACUGGAAGGUUAACCUGUCCGGAUAUGCUGUCCUGAGUGAUAAUUCAUUCAUAGUUUCUGAUACUGAAACGAGGUCAUGCCUUUUGUUGGACGUGCGUACCAAAAGAUGGUGUGUUGUCAUGCCUGCAUAUCGAUUUUGUCGAGAUCGUUUGUUCAACACCGCGGUUGAAGCGCCACUUAAUGGAAGAUCUGUCUUUGUUGAGGGCUUUAUUUACACAUGUUCAACUGGGGGACUUGCUGCGUAUGACCUUUUUGAGAAAGGUGAUUCUAUGUACCUUGAUGAUCCGAUCUUUUUGCCAUUCACAUGGCCCAAGUCUUGGGAGAGUGAUAUGAUGUGCUUGGACUAUGUUGCCAAAGACAGAAUCUCUGGUGCGAUUAUAUUUUGUGUGGUGCAAGGUGACUAUCCUGAGUAUUACCCUGUGCUAGGCGAAAAUUUGGACUGUUCCAGCGGGUGGCUUCCCUCCUGUUCUCGUCGUCAUCGUGUACACAUCACCACUGUCCAGGUCAAGACUGAAACAACCAAUGGGAAAAUGAAACCGGUGAGAAUUGACCAUGUGGAUGUUGGCACAUGUUUCAUUGACGAGAAUAAGGGAUUAGUCUCCACUAGAUGCUGUUUUGCUGUUGGCACGUGAUUUUUCAUCCGCUGUUUUACCACCUUUUCUAUUUCGCUGUUCUGUAAUAUAUUUAUUAUCACUCAGGACAUCUCGUGUAAUGUUGACCAUCGAUGUUUCCUGGAAGACAGAUUGAAAUUCUCGUGUUAA